UCCUUAUCAGAGCCACACUGUACCGGGCAGCAGUUCCCUGGAGCGAGGAGGCUAUUUUUAAGCAGCAGCGUCGUGUUUCAGCGUGGAAAUUCUGAACAUCCGAGCAGGCAGCUUGCUGGCUUGCUAAUCUUUGGGGUCCUGAUGCCAGGGACUGUGUUUGCUCAGCCCUGGACCCCAGCACCUGACCUGGGCCUGCUUGACCUGCAGGACGAGUGGAGAAGGGAGUUCCUCCGGGACAAGUAAUUAUGUGCUGUGAGUGGCUGAGAUGCUGCGGUGGGGGAGAGCCCAGGCCCCGCACGGUUUGGCUUGGGCACCCCGAGAAGAGGGAUCAGAGGUACCCCCGAAAUGUCAUCAACAAUCAGAAGUACAACUUCUUCACCUUUCUUCCUGGGGUGCUGUUCAACCAGUUCAAGUACUUUUUCAACCUCUAUUUCUUACUCCUCGCCUGCUCGCAGUUUGUACCGGAAAUGAGACUUGGUGCGCUCUACACCUACUGGGUCCCCCUGGGCUUUGUGCUGGCCGUCACCAUCAUCCGAGAGGCGGUGGAGGAAAUCCGAUGCUACCUGCGGGACAAGGAAGUCAACUCCCAGGUCUACAGCCGGCUCACAGUGAGAGGGACCGUGAAGGUGAAGAGUGCCAACAUCCAAGUGGGAGACCUGAUCAUCGUCGAAAAGGUGAGGGGGUCUCUGCUGUCGGUGCCUGCUGACAUGAUCUUCCUGAGGACAUCAGAAAAGAACGGGUCUUGCUUCCUGCGGACGGAUCAGCUGGACGGGGAGACGGACUGGAAGCUGCGGCUCCCGGUGGCCUGCACGCAGAGGCUCCCCACGGCCGCCGAUCUUCUUCAGAUUCGAUCGUAUAUCUACGCGGAAGAGCCGAGCAUCGACAUCCACAAUUUUGUGGGAACAUUUACCAGGGAGGACAGCGACCCUUCGAUCAGCGAGAGCCUGAGCAUCGAGAACGCGCUCUGGGCGGGCACCGUCAUCGCCUCAGGAACUGUUGUGGGUGUUGUUCUUUACACGGGCAGAGAACUCCGGAGUGUCAUGAAUACCUCAAAUCCCCGAAGUAAGAUUGGCCUGUUUGACCUGGAAGUGAACUGUCUCACGAAGAUCCUCUUUGGUGCUCUGGUGGUGGUGUCACUGGUCAUGGUGGCCCUUCAGCACUUCGCUGGACGCUGGUACCUGCAGAUCAUCCGCUUCCUCCUCCUGUUUUCCAACAUCAUUCCCAUCAGGGUGAAAGGGAAUCUGUUGCAGAGGUCGGAGUGGCUCACCCCAUCCGAGAAACUGGGAACUCUUACCCAGAAUGAGAUGGUUUUCAAGCGGCUCCAUCUGGGCACAGUGGCCUACGGCCUCGACUCCAUGGACGAAGUGCAGAGCCACAUCUUCAGCAUCUACACCCAGCAAUCCCAGGACCCGCCUGCUCAGAAGGGCCCCACCAUCACCACCAAAGUCCGGCGGACCAUGAGCAGCCGCGUGCACGAGGCCGUGAAGGCCAUCGCGCUCUGCCACAACGUGACCCCCGUGUACGAGUCCAACGGCGUGACCGACCAGGCCGAGGCCGAGAAGCAGUAUGAAGACUCGUGCCGUGUGUACCAGGCGUCCAGCCCGGACGAGGUGGCCCUGGUACAGUGGACCGAAAGUGUGGGCUUAACCCUGGUGGGCCGAGACCAGUCUUCCAUGCAGCUGAGGACCCCUGGCGACCAGAUCCUGAACUUCACCAUCUUGCAGAUCUUCCCUUUCACCUACGAGAGCAAGCGCAUGGGCAUCAUCGUGAGGUGUGGGAACAUGGCCCGAGAGGUGCGGGUGCUCGUGGUGGCGAAGAAGUCUCUAGCCGAGGAGCAGUAUCAGGACUUCGAGGCUCGCUACGUGCAGGCCAAGCUGAGCGUGCACGACCGCUCUCUCAAAGUGGCCACGGUGAUCGAGAGCCUGGAGAUGGAGAUGGAGCUGCUGUGCCUGACGGGGGUGGAAGACCAGCUGCAGGCGGACGUGAGGCCCACGCUGGAGACGCUGCGGAACGCCGGCAUCAAGGUUUGGAUGCUGACGGGGGACAAGCUGGAGACGGCCACAUGCACAGCGAAGAACGCGCAUCUGGUGACCAGAAACCAAGACAUCCACGUGUUUCGGCUGGUGACCAACCGCGGCGAGGCCCACCUCGAGCUGAACGCCUUCCGCAGGAAACACGACUGUGCCCUGGUCAUCUCUGGAGACUCCCUGGAGAUCUGCCUCAAGUAUUACGAGUACGAGUUCAUGGAGCUGGCCUGCCAGUGCCCGGCCGUGGUCUGCUGUCGCUGCGCCCCCACGCAGAAGGCCCAGAUCGUGCGUCUGCUGCAGGAGCGCACUGGGAAGCUCACCUGUGCAGUAGGUGACGGCGGCAAUGACGUCAGUAUGAUUCAGGAGUCUGACUGCGGCGUGGGCGUCGAGGGGAAGGAAGGAAAACAGGCCUCGCUGGCGGCAGACUUCUCCAUCACUCAGUUCAAGCACCUCGGCCGCUUGCUCAUGGUGCACGGCCGGAACAGCUACAAGCGCUCGGCCGCCCUCAGCCAGUUCGUGAUCCACAGGAGCCUGUGCAUCAGCACCAUGCAGGCUGUCUUCUCCUCUGUGUUUUACUUUGCCUCCGUUCCUCUGUACCAAGGAUUCCUCAUCAUUGGGUACUCCACCAUCUACACCAUGUUCCCUGUGUUUUCUCUGGUCCUGGACAAAGACGUCAAGUCAGAAGUUGCCAUGCUGUAUCCUGAGCUCUACAAGGAUCUCCUCAAGGGACGGCCGUUGUCCUACAAGACAUUCUUAAUAUGGGUUUUGAUUAGCAUCUAUCAAGGCAGCACCAUCAUGUACGGGGCGCUGCUGCUCUUCGAGUCGGAGUUCGUGCACAUUGUGGCCAUUUCCUUCACGUCGCUGAUCCUCACGGAGCUGCUGAUGGUGGCCCUGACCAUCCAGACCUGGCACUGGCUCAUGACGGUGGCCGAGCUGCUCAGCCUGGCCUGCUACAUCGCCUCCCUGGUGUUCCUACACGAAUUCAUCGAUGUGUACUUCAUCGCCACCCUGUCCUUCCUGUGGAAAGUCUCCGUUAUCACCCUGGUCAGCUGCCUGCCCCUCUACAUCCUCAAGUACCUGCGCAGGCGGUUCUCCCCGCCCAGCUACUCCAAGCUCACCUCGUAGGCUGUGUGCGCGGUGGCGGGAGUCUGGUCCCUGCUCUCCUGCCGGACAGAGUUCAGUCCAGUUCGUCCUGACCGCCCGAGGGCUCUGCAGGAGGGGCUGCACGUGCCGUGUGGACCAGAAGAGGCUCUGCCUGGAGUCCUGCCCGAGUACACGGGAGGGAGGCCCGAAGGAGCCCGCGGCCCGUGUGAACCCCGGUGGUUCCGCCUGGAGUGAAUGUGAAUGUGUCCCCGUGGGUGGCUCCGCCAAGAGAUUGAUACGCGGGUCCCUGUGCAAGCGUCCUUAUGACUUGAAUUUUGUUGUCAUGUGAUAAAGUUUCUGUCUAGUUGGAGAUUGUAGAGGACUUUUGGUUGGUUGGUUUUUUUCAACAAUCCUAACGUGUGUGCACUCUUUAUGUCUUUCCUGCUCCUAAAAACCGAUUUUAGAGAAACGUAAAGCUCUUGGUGGAGGUUUGGGGGGAAAGACGGUGCAUUUGGUUAAAAGUUAUCCAGACACCAACCUCAAUUCGGAAAUGCCAGGUGUCCCCUCUGCGCAGCCCCGCUAUUGAAGCCGGGCUUCCUAGGAUCACAGGAAGGCAAAUGAGAGGCGAGGGAGAAUGAGCUGCAAAUCCAGGUUUCCCGCAUCUCACUCCGCACCCACACUGGAGUCACGUCCCCGCCACCUCGUAAAGGAAUGUCAAAGGUGCCACUCUGCUUCGUCCGGACCUGGGAACAAUCAUGAAGCCCGUGGCCAUCUGGGACACCCGUGACAUCCUCUGGGAGUUGUUUUCCCAGGAAAUGUGCCACCGAACAGCCCCUUAACAUGUCAACAGGGUGAAAAGAGGUACAACUAAUUCUUUAGACAAUAGCGCUCACUCGGCUCGGACCCUGGUCCAGAGCGGGGAGGUCAGGACUGGGCCCUUCACCCGACUGAGAUCUGUUUCCUGUUGGGAGGAAUGAUGGAGGACGGAAGGACAAAGGUGGCGGCUUCUUACCACGUUGCCACGCUCAGUGGCAGCUUCGAGCAGGGCGCCCCGUGGGAGGAGGCCCGGCUGGGGCAUGGGCAUGGGCCUGGGCUCUGCUCCACAGCCUGCAGCCUUCAUGGGGCGGGGGGCUGACGAAGGGCAGCCAGGGGCUGAGAUGCCACCCACCGGGCUGCGGCACGGGCGUGGUGUUUCUUACAAAGCCGUGGCUUCUCGUUCCGGGCCAGGAAGGGAGUUUCCGAGCACUGCACGUGGCAGGGCAGGGCGCCUGGGCCGGUCACUCUUGCAGCGGCCACGUGUGCAGCCCCGAGGGUUCCGUUGGCGGGUCUUCAGGAGGCGACUGUGUUUGAGGCCUCAGAUUGGUGGUUAAUCCUGUGCGCGUACAUGCCCUGCAACCCGUGGGCACGGCGCUUCUGUGUGUGCUUCAGAGACGUAGGCUCGGCCCGGGUGCUGACCCCACUGCCCGAGGGGCCCCUGCUCCGGGGACACGAGGAGCCGGCGUGCCUCGCCUUGGCAGCACCCUCCCUGUGCUCACGUGUUCAUGUUGCCUUUUUACAUCUUUAUGAAGUGACAGCAAGUUGCAGGCCCUCGGAAAUUGGCUAUUGACAGCACUUCUGUCUUAAGAUUCUGCAAUUUUACAGUAUUUGCCCCUCUCUGUUCAGCCAUUUCCGCCUCCCACCGAGAUCUACAGGGAGCAUGUAUAGGGUGGGGCAAAAGUAGGCUUACAGUUGUUCAUAUGGAAAAAUAAUGCAAUCAUUAAUAAAUGAUGAUAUAAGGAUAAA